CCUUGGAAACCAAAGCAUUCAUCGAAUUUCGACGCUUGUGCGCGCAAUUUAGCGUCGAAAAUCCCUCAGCCCUUUCGGUUCCGGAGCUGCGACGAAUCGCCCGAGAAUCCAUCGCCUUCUUCCCACAUUCUUCCAGUUGGGACUUCGGGUUCCUCGCGUCUCCCCCAAUCCCUCCACCUCCUCGAUCGAGCGAGGCUUCUAGGUCUUCGAGUCGAUUAACCGAUCCGACGCCGUCCCGCCGGAGCUAAUCUAUCCGCAUUCCAACGCCGCCAUGGUGUGUUUUUCCUAUCUCUUCUCCCUUUCGGGAUUUGGUUUCGUUUCCUCACGUCAACUUCAAGCUCAGGCUUAUAGGGAUUUUGGAGACCUCAUGCGGAUCCCGCUUGUGGGCAUGAUCUUUGGAGUUAUGGACUGGAAUCGGUUAUAGUUUUCGAUAGAAGUAUGAUCCUGCAAGUAUUUUGGUUGGAGGGAGGAUGGCCGUAGGUUCAGACCUUGGUGGAGAUUGCACAAAAAAUAAUGCUAGGUUUUCCUCUCGUCCAUUCGCUACAAAGCUUCUCGCCAACUUGAUCAUUAUGGGUUCUGGGAUAGUGGGAAGAGCUGUUUUACAAGCAUAUCGCAAGGCACUAGAAAAUGCAAAUAAAACUGGUGUUGCACAUGAAACUGUACAAAAUAUUCGCAGAGCUGGUAAAGCCAUGACUGAACAGGAAGCUAGGCAGAUAUUAGGAAUCAGCGAGCAGUCAACCUGGGAAGAGAUUCUGCAGAAGUAUGAUAUCUUGUUUGAGAGGAAUGCCAAACAUGGAAGCUUUUACCUGCAGUCAAAGGUUCACCGGGCCAAAGAAUGUUUAGAAUCUGUAUACCAAUGGAAGGGCGAUGGAAAACAUUGAAGACUGCUAACUUCCCCUCGCCUGGAUGCCGAAGUUUCUGCACUUGUGCAAUCUUAUACUCGAUAUGUCUACUGAGUUAUGAAGGUGUCGGCAGAUGUGUUUUUGAUUUGGAUGUCAUUUUUCACUAGGAAUGCAAUUUAUUACUUUUUUUAAUCUUUACUCCUUUAUAUAUAUAUAUAUUAUCAUCUUAGGUCCUAUAUAUAGAAACUUCAGACUUUUAGGGACUUUUUCCCCUAUACUGAAAGCUUGCAUUAAUGAUAUCCGAAUUGCAAAUUUCUCAGCACUUCACACUCCUCUUUUUAGAGGUAGACACCUUAAUGAGGCUUAUCUGCUUAUUUGUAGCGUUUGAAUGGCUUGCGUCUUCUAAUAUCGAGUCACUGAAAAACUUCUCCAGCUGCAUUCGAUUUUGCAACAUGGGGGUAUUCAUCUUUUGCUGACUUCUGUACAAAGAAAUUUCGCAUGCUAUGUGAGAGCCUUGUAGAUCUUUGCUUAUCUUCUCGUUGUCCAAAAUUGAAUUUUUUCUGCUACAGCACGACUAGGAAUAAUAUUCCAUAGAGCAGAUGAGUUUGAUGCAAGGUCCCAUGAUGAUUCAUCUUAGCUGUUCCUUGACAUGAGUAUGGACUCCAAUCUGCACCUUCAGAUGGGCAUCAUGUUUUAGCGGUUUCCAAUCCAUUCAACUUUAUAUGGAGCAGUAUUACCUAACUCAUCUUCUCAUGUUAUACUUAACCUUCUUGUCAGAUGUUAUAUCUAAUGCAGUUGAAUCUUGGGACAGUACAAUGGUUUGGAACUCUCAAAGGAAGGCCUCAUGGAAGCUUAAGUUCCUUGGCAAUGCAGUCGAGCAUGGAUCGCCGAGCCGAAAACUUCCCUAACAGGGAAUGUUUCCAUUGGCUGUGUGCCCUCUCAAUUUCCUUGUCUGAGAAAAUCACAGCCUCUGAAUUUCUCUUGCAGGAGAGCUAUUUCCUCAUUGCUCUCUUUUUCCUCUCUAUAGCACCUCCUGCUUUGGAUAAUGUUAGUCUCAGGAAGGGGAUUGCUGCCGGCUGCCAGCCUGCCACACUGCCUCAGUUGGGGUUAGCAACCUCUGAAGAAGGCUCUCACCGGUGAUGGAGAUCGAAGUAGAUUCAUAGACCACCAAUUGAUUCCACCUCCAUUCUCAACCAUUGAAGAACUUGAACAUAUCAUUUCUUAGAAGAGAAUCAAACACACAGAAAAAUAUGAAAAAAAUAUGAGCCUUCCUACAAGCAUCUUAGAUGCCUAGGCCGAUUGUGGGCAACUUGGCUUCCAGAGAGAUGGCAUUUGAUGUUCAAGCUAAUGACAUUCACAUCAUUUGCUUCAAAUCACUCCAUUGAUCCUCUUGACCUAGAAAACAAUGCACUAACAACGCACCAUGGAUCAAGAGAGACAAGUGCAGUGGUAAUUUACUAACUGGUAACGGUGUUGACGGGGUUGUGGAGUCUGAUCUCGGCACACACAGGUAUACAAGCAUGCAUAUGCAUGCACACGCUUACAUACACAUGCACAAAUAUCACAAACACAUGCAUACGCAUGCACGUGCUAGAAGAUGCACACGCUCAAUUUUCUUAAAUCACUAUUCUAUAGGAUUUUGCCUCUCUUUCACAUCUAUAUGUGGCUUUGGAAUCACAGUUUCUGAUUGUUCUCAAGCCUACUUGCUGGGUGGGUCUGGACACAACUUCGUAUGGUGUUACCUUUUUCUAUGUUUGUUGUAAUAUUGCUUACUUUUUCAGGAUACAUGUCUUCUUCUUUGUUCUUCCUCGGCUGUGAUGUAAUAUAUAUACCUUGUCAUACUGACUACUUGUAAUGUAGCUUUCAGCCUUCUACCGAAAAAAAUCAAAGACAUGUUCUUACUUA